AUGAGCUCCUCUUUCCCUGCGUUACGACACAUUCCAACGCACGCCCCUGCUCCCUCUAUUAAAUCACUAGAGAAACUCCCAUCCUCUUCAUUUCCUUCCCUCUAUAUAAAGCUCUCUCCUCCUCUUUCCUUCUCCCUAUCACACCCUCUUUACCCACAAAAGUCCUCUGCGCCUUCAACUUUUCCUUCAUAGCUUGGCAUGGAAGAAGAUGAAUGCAAUAUCGGCCUUGGCCUUGCAAUAGGUGCUGGUCGACAUUUCACCUCUAACCAAAGUGGCAACGGGGAACGGAAGCCUCCCGUUCAGUUCCACAUCCUAUUUCCGCCUCGACCGAAGGAAGGAGAGGAGGAGGAAGAAGAAGAGCCGACAAGAGAUAAAGAGCGACACAAGUCGAAGCACAUCAAUGAAGAGGAGGAUAGCAGUACCAAGGACAUCAUCAGUGAUGGCGGUAGCAACCGAGUUGGCAUGAGGAAGAAGCUCCGGCUGACUAAAGAACAGCUAACGUUUCUCGAAAACAGCUUUCGAGAGCACAACACCCUCAAUCAGACCCAGAAACAACAACUGGCUUACCAAUUAAACCUCCGGCCUCGUCAAGUCGAAGUCUGGUUCCAAAAUAGAAGAGCUAGGACUAAAUUGAAGCAGACUGAGGUAGACUGUGCGUUCCUUAAGAAGUACUGCGAAAACCUAAGAAACGAGAAUCGGAGGCUAAAGAGAGAGCUGGAGGAGCUGAGGGCAAUGGAGCCUGGGUACCCCUUCCAUACCAGGGUCCCAAAGGCCGCGACACCGACCAUGUGCCCAUCCUGCAAGCGGAUCAUGGCCUCCGGCAGUGAAAAAGGAAAUAGUGCCUUGGACGCCAGGAAGGGCCGCGGCCAACUGAAACCUGUAAACAAUGGACUGGUAAGCCUUUAGAUCUAAGAAAUAAUGGAAGGUUGAAGGCAUACUGUUAGCAGAUAGGAAUGGAUGAUAGAACGAAGAAGGAAAUAGAGAUUGGGAAGGGUCUAUUUGGUGUAACUUUUGUAUUGUAAAAGAGGGUUUCCAUAAUUUAAUACAAGUACAAGCUUCCCAAGCAGGAACCCUCUCAUUAUCUCGAUCAUUGUAAAUAAUUGGCCUCCCUUUUCAUUAAAAAAAAAUCUCAAAUACUUGCUAAUACCAUCUGCCAUGUAUAUGCUGA